AUGCCUCCCCGUAGGAGGCCCCAGCCCUCCGCGGCCAGCCAAGCGCGAUCCGCGCAGCCCUCAGAGGUAUGGCAAAAGUUUCUCCGCACUUCGGAAUUACACCUGUCGACGGGAUGUGCUAACCAUAGCGACUCUGAUGUACAGACUGCAGCUUCUUCUAGGAAAGGCUCAACCGAUGCCUCUGCAAAGAGAAGACGUUCCAUCCAGUCUAAACCGCCUUCCAACCCAACAGCCGCGCAACCUGUCGAGCAGGACGAUCCCGUGGACGAGCCUUCAGGACCUACCUACCGCCACAGAGAUCCCUUCGAUGCUCUCCUUGAACCAUUCUACUACAACAAAUCGCUCACGGACCCGAUAAAUACCGCAAAAGAUAAAUGGAAUCUGUUGCCGGCUUUCUUAAAAGUGAAGGGAUUGGUGAAGCAACACAUUGACUCAUACAACUACUUCAUCGAGGUUCAGCUCAAGAAGAUCGUUGAAUCCAGUUCGACGAUUCGCAGCGACAUCGACCACAACUUCUACAUCAAGUUCACAGAUAUCUAUGUUGGGUCGCCGUGUCGAGCGGACGAGCCGCAGGAUGCCAGUCUCGACGCUUUCCCUUCGAGUGUGUCGCCACACGAGUGCCGACUCCGUGAUACGACCUAUGCAGCCCCGAUCCUGGUUGAUUUCGAGUAUAUCCGUGGCCGUCAAAGGGUUAUCAGGAGAGGUGUGUCGAUUGGUCGAAUGCCGAUCAUGCUGCGAAGCUCCAAGUGUGUGUUGGCCAACAAGACUCCGUCAGAGAUGACCGUGUUGAACGAAUGUCCAUUGGAUCCCGGUGGAUAUUUUAUCGUCAACGGUACGGAGAAGGUUAUUCUUGUCCAGGAGCAGUUGAGUAAGAACAGAAUUAUCGUCGAAACGGACCCGAAGAAGGAAAUAGUUCAGGCCUCCGUGACCAGUUCUUCGAACGAGCGCAAGUCCAAGAGUUAUAUUAUCUUGAAGAAGGAUAAGCUCUACGUGAAACACAACGUCCUCAACGAAGAUAUCCCCAUCGUCAUUCUGCUGAGGGCUAUGGGCAUCCACACAGAGCAGGAGAUGUUGCUUCUGGUGGCCGGUGUUGAUAGCCUUUACCAGGACGACUUCGCCAUCAACUUCGAAGACAGCAUCAAGCUGGGUAUUUACACUCAACAGCAAGCUUUGGACUGGAUUGGUGCACGGAUCAAGAUCAACCGCAAGCAGAUGUCCUAUCGUCGGACCCAUAUCCAAGAAGCCGUUGAGGCUAUCGCCUCCGUCAUCAUCUCCCACAUUGAGGUCAAGAACAUGAACUUCAGACCAAAGGCCGUCUACGUUGCCCACAUGGCGCGCCGUGUUCUGAUGGCAAAGAAUGAUCCCUCUUUGGUUGACGACCGUGACUACCUUGGAAACAAGCGACUGGAAUUGGCCGGGCAACUUCUUGCUCUUCUUUUCGAAGAUUUGUUCAAAAAAUUCUGCUUUGAUAUCAAGAUGAACAUUGAUAAGGUGCUGAAUAAGCGCAACAGAGCCGAAGCAUUUGAUGCGUGGAGUGUCAUGAGUAUGCACGGUAACCACAUUACCCAGGGUAUGAACCGUGCUAUCUCGACGGGAAACUGGAGCUUGAAGCGUUUUCGUAUGGAGCGUGCUGGUGUUACCCACGUGCUCAGUCGGCUGAGUUACAUUGCCGCCUUGGGUAUGAUGACCCGUAUCAGCAGUCAGUUCGAAAAGACCAGAAAGGUCUCCGGUCCCAGAGCCCUGCAACCUUCGCAAUUCGGUAUGCUUUGCCCAGCAGAUACUCCUGAAGGUGAAGCAUGUGGUUUGGUGAAGAAUUUGGCGCUCAUGACCCAUAUCACGACCAAUGACGAGGAGGGUCCGAUCAAGAACCUGGUUUUCAUGCUGGGAGCCGAAGAUAUCCUGGCACUCGGUGGAAAGCAGCUGUAUACUCCCGGUUCUUACACCAUUUCCAUCAACGGAACGCCGAUUGCGCUCACUCGCCGUCCCAAAUUUUUCCUAAACGCUUUCCGCAGGCUACGACGCAUGGGCCGAAUCUCCGAAUUCGUCAGUAUCUACAUCAACCACCACCAGUGUGCAGUACAUAUUGCAACUGAUGAUGGGCGAAUUUGCAGACCCCUCAUCGUUGUUGAGAAUGGCAAAUCCCUGGUCACGGGCGAACACCUGGAGAAGUUGCGUGAUGGAACGAUGCAGUUCGAUGAUUUCCUUGCUCAGGGUCUGGUGGAAUAUCUGGAUGUCAACGAGGAGAAUGAUUCUUUGAUUGCCAUCUAUGAGGACAGAAUCACCGAUACGACGACGCACUUGGAGAUCGAACCGUUCACGGUCCUUGGAGCAGUCGCUGGUCUGAUCCCCUACCCACACCACAACCAGUCGCCCCGUAACACCUAUCAAUGUGCCAUGGGUAAACAAGCUAUCGGAGCUAUCGCCUCGAAUCAAUUCCUCCGUAUUGAUUCGAUCUUGUACCUCAUGGUGUACCCGCAAAAGCCGAUGGUCAAAUCACGAACCAUCGAGUUGACGAAGUAUGAUCAGCUCCCGGCCGGUCAGAAUGCCAUGGUGGCUGUCAUGAGUUACUCUGGUUACGAUAUCGAGGACGCCCUAGUUUUGAACAAGGGCUCCGUUGAUCGUGGCUUUGGUCGCUGUCAAGUAUUCCGGAAAUACGUGACCAACUUGAAGAGUUAUUCCAACGGUACCAAGGACAGGCUAAACCCACCGACAUAUGAGAACGGAGCUCCCAUUCGUAAGCACGCGCUUCUUGAAAGCGACGGUCUUGCUGCUGUGGGCGAGCAGGUGAAUGCCGGAGAGGUGUACAUCAACAAGAGUACGCCCGACCAGUCGCACAUGUCCGGUAUUGGCUCCGACGCAGGCCGGCCAAUCCAGUACACCCCGACACCUAUGACCUACAAACUCCAUGACCCUGCCUACAUUGACAAGGUCAUGUACUCCGUACAGGAGAACGAGAACCAGCUGGUCAAGGUCCUUGUCCGCCAGACCCGCCGACCUGAAGUCGGUGAUAAGUUCUCCUCUCGUCACGGUCAGAAGGGUGUCGUCGGUAUCAUCGCCGACCAGGCCGACAUGCCUUUCACUGACCUCGGCAUCAACCCGGACAUCAUCAUGAACCCCCACGGUUUCCCCUCUCGAAUGACAGUUGGGAAGAUGCUGGAGCUUGUUGCCGGUAAAGCAGGCGUUCUCGCCGGCCACCAUGGCUACGGAACGUGCUUCGGCGGGACCCCCGUCGAGGAGACGUCGCGGACCCUCAUCGCGCACGGCUUCAACUACGGCGGCAAAGAAUACCUCACCUCCGGCAUCACCGGCGAAGCCCUCCCCUUCUACGUCUUCACCGGCCCCAUCUACUACCAGAAACUCAAGCACAUGGUCCAAGACAAGAUGCACUCCCGUGCGCGCGGACCCCGCGCCAUCCUCACCCGGCAGCCCACGGAAGGUCGUUCCCGCGACGGUGGUCUCCGUCUCGGAGAGAUGGAGCGUGACUGUCUGAUCGCCUACGGCACCAGCCAGCUGCUCCUCGAACGUCUCAUGAUCUCCUCCGACCGCCACGAGAUCGAUGUCUGCGAGCAGUGCGGUUUCAUGGGCUACUUGAACUGGUGCCAGCGGUGCAAGUCCUCCCGCAGCGUCGUCAAGAUGACCAUCCCCUACGCGGCCAAGCUUCUCAUCCAGGAACUGAUGAGUAUGAAUGUGACGGCCCGCUUGAAGCUCGACGACGAGUUCCCCGAGUCCAAGGGGAUCUAA